CGUCGGACAUUUGAACAGCAGACCACGGUGAGCAGGCUCUCUUUUACCUCCUGUAACACAGCCAAAAUGUCGCAGUUUGACAAAUGCAAAGAAGAACCCAAGUCUCUGCAAAAGUAGGACUACACAGUUUUCUGGAAUAGUCAACAUCCUCCUAUUCCCAUCAUGCCGAGGUCAAGACGACAAAUACGGGAGGGAUUAACCUACAGUGUUGAAAAACAGCGGCAGCUCAUGCAACGCUUCGGAUUGAACUAUCGGGAAAUCCCGGGUAGUGGGAAACGUCUCAUCCCACUUGCCCAACUCAUUGACUGCCUCAUUGGGGAAGCCUGUGACAAGUGCGACAUGGAUGAUCUGGAGGCUGCCCUACCAGUUUUUGAAGAUGCCCUGGCGAUUAUCAACCACUAUUCCAAUAAACCACGUUCUGCCGAGAGCAUCUACUGGCUCAGGGCAAAAUGCUGUUAUGACAUGGGAAUUUUCGAGAAAGUCAUACAAGAUUGCACACAAGUAAUAAAUUUCGACAAGCACGGGACCUGUCGCUUCACCCCUGAGUGCUACGAAUUGAAGUGUGACGCUUACCUUGAGUUAGGACAAACUGACCAGGCUCUCGCCACUGCAUACGAAUAUUUCAUCCACUAUCCAUGGAUUCCAGACGCUCUUACCCUCAUCGGGCAGCUAAGACGUGAUGAAGAGGAACGCAGGAAAAAGGCGAAGGAACUAGCUGACAAAUUCAUUGAAGAAGAAGAGAAGGAGAAAACAAAGAAGAAAAUUGUGUAUGCCAAAGCUACAACCAGACCUAAGGGAAAGAAGAAAAAGAAAACAAAACAUGUUCGCAUUGCUGCAACUGGACAAAGAGUUCCAGACGUUACAAACGAGGCAUGUGCAGCGCUAGCGGAUUUGGACCUGUCUGAGGACUCAAGCAACUCCUGUAGCAAUGGCAGUGGGCACCAAGGACAGAAGGAAGAGGGAGAUGUGGAUGAAGUAGCAUGGACAACGGUUAGGAAACACCGACCAAUUUCUACUCAGAACAGAUUUGAAUUUUCUAAUCCUGAGGCAAGGAGAACACAAAAAGCGGUGAAAGAUAAGAAGGUCGUUGCCUCUCGGUCAAAAGCCUAUGUUCCAGUAGCAGCACACAGACAUGCUGCAGAGUAUCCGCCUAUGAUGAUAAGAAAACCUUCACACCAACAAAGAAGUGGCAAGCCAGUGCUGUCCUACAGAACACCUGCAAAAGCUACAACCCGAGCGGAAAGGCACAUCAAGCCUGGUAGAAACGUUGACGAGUCAGCUGACGUGCAACGUACGAACACCACACUACAAGACUUCAUGAAAAAGAAAACACCUACACGUAAAGAAGCUAAAGGAGCGGACACACCACCUAUAAAGAAGAGGACAUUUUCAAGAUACCAUGAAGACAUUAUGACAGGGAAUACGAAUGUGCGAGAGGCAUACUGUGACUACUGCCAGUUACAGUGCAACUCCCAGCAGCAGCUCCGAAUUCAUUACCAGGGAAAAAAGCACAGGGCUAAGCUCCUUUCAGAUGACUCAGACCAGAUGUGGCAGCAAAGACGACCACCCCCUGGCGUACCAGCAGGGCAAUACAAGAUGUGCCCCAAUCGAUUCGGGCACUGCAUUCAUGGAACACGCAGCUGCACAUACGCCCAUACAGGGGAAGAGUUGAAGGAAUGGCAGCAACGAUAUGAGAUACGGAAACAGAAGCUAAAAGCAGCAGAGACAUCAGGCAGAUACGGUUAUUCCUUUGUUGAGACGUUGGUUGAGGAGUACGCUAAGGCAAAAGACAAGACGAAAGUGCUGUCAUCAACCGUACAACAUGCAAGCAUGUCGGUGGAACAAGGACGUACCAAUGAAAUGUUUUCUGAUCCGGAAAAAGAGUACAGAUGGACGCUCAAACUUCAGGCACAGCUGCAUGUGAAGAGGGUUACGUUCAUUGAAGGUAGCUGCAACCAAUUCAAAAUCACGGAAGUAGCCAGCACUUCCGGCCAGCCUCUAGAUGGUCUGCUAUCUGAAGAUGGACAAGAGUGGAUAUCUCACGGUGUUCAACAGUCCAUUUCAACUGGCUUCAUCGUACAGAUCACUUUCAGGUCUAACCAGUACGGAAGUUUCAACCAGGCCAUUGUCUUUGAUUUUGGCCAACGACCAUACCUGUUUUGCCCUUUCCAUGUGGACGUUGCCAUGGAGACUGACCUAGCUCACUUGAAAAAGUUAAGGGAUAAGUUCACGCUGCUCGGGACAUCGUGGGAAGAUCAAGGGAAAGUGAUCCACGGCAUCGAAGGAAGCGCAGAUGACAACGUGGAUGAAGCUCUGAGGGCCAUAUAUCAAGUACCACAAAACCCAGAGAAUCUCGUGAACCUGAAAAUCUCCAAGGAGGAAACGCUUGAUAAGUUUAAUUACAGGAAGCGUCAGCAUGAUCUGUUGUACAUAGAGGAGGCGGAGCAAUCGGAGCAUAUCAGAAGGUUGACCCUACAAACAACAGGAAUGGUCACCAAUGAGCUGAAGAAGACACUAAUGGACUCGACCCUGGUGGAGUACGCAUCUGGUGGAGAGUUGUUCAUCCAGAUCUACUUGAAUGAAGCCUUGUCUGAAGACACGCCACAGGGGUACCUUUUAACGCGAAGCCUGUCCCCUAAAGCUCAUGUUGUCAUCCAUACAGCAUGUGUCGAUCAGGGUGCCUACGAAGUCUGGGUUGAGUCGAAGACCAAGACCAGCAUAUGGCUCAGGAUUCCAUCUUCUGUCUGCCAGCACUUCGGUCUUACACAAGACACAGAAGUGAAUAUGGAGGUCCAAUUCAAGCUGGAUCGCAGUCCAAUGUUAUUUUGGCACUGCGCAGUGGACGCCAUAAAAGACCUAACGCUGGUGUUUCCAGACGACCCAAAGGUCUCCAAAAAAUUUUGGAAAAACCUCCGUAAACAGAGCCUUAGCGCCACACGUACCCUGAACGACAAGCAAAGGGAGGCAUUUUCUAAGAUAACAGCCCCAGCCACACCAGACAUAAUCAUCCCUCCGGUACUCCUGAUCGGACCGUUCGGCACAGGGAAAACCCACACCAUAGCAGCGGCUGCCUCUGUUGCCGCUCAACAGCCUGGCUGUCGCAUCCUCAUCUGUACUCACUCUAACAGCGCAGCCGAUCUGUACAUCAGACACUUCCUUAACAAGGACAACUUGCCUGGAGAUAGUUCCUCCCUUCUACGCAUCUACUACAAGAAGAGGAAGAAGGCCACUGUUCCACCUGACGUUCUAAGACACUGCAAAAUAAACGAAGACGAGACGUUUCGUUAUCCUACCAAAGAUGAGGUUGCAGCAGCCAAGAUUGUCAUUACCACACUGAGCUUGUCGCUGGUCCUGGAGAGAGAGGUGGGUCUGAAGCCCGGGUUCUUCACGCACAUCAUGGUGGACGAAGCUGCGCAGGCGCUGGAAUGCGAGGCUAUCAUGCCACUCAGUUUAGCUACAGCUGAGACCCGCGUGGUGUUAGCGGGUGAUCAUAUGCAGUUGAACCCAAAGGUUUUCUCCAGCUUUGCCAGAGGAAAAGGAUUUCACCAGUCUUUGUUAGAACGUUUGUUCUACCACUACCAACUGAAGGUGCCUGAUGAUGACCUGCAUCCCUGUAUUACCUUACUGCACGAGAACUAUAGGUGUCACAACGACAUCCUCGAAUUCCCAUCCAAGGUUUUCUACGGUGGGAAACUGAUCUGCCGCAGUGAGGCAAAGAAGCAUCGAGACAUCUUUCCGCUGACGUUUUACGCAGUACCUGGCCAAGAUUCUGCGGAAAGUACCAGCACUUCUUUCUACAAUGACGCGGAGGUGUCUGAAGUUGCUCGCCGAGUUAAAGACCUCUGGAACUCCUGGCCAGAGGAAGAAUGGGGAGAAAAGAACGCACGAACAAUGGCACAGAUAGGCGUUGUUACACCCUAUCAAGAUCAGGUUACCAGAAUCAGACUUGCCUUGCGGAGAAAGGGCUUAGCAGGUGUCACAGUGGAGACAGUCACCAACGUUCAAGGCAAAGAGUACCGAGCCCUUUUCCUGAGCACAGUGAGAACCCCAGUGACCUGCUGCGGUGAGCAACGAAACUCAUCCCAGGAUGCCCACAAAGACGAAACCCCCGAUUUCGGUUUUCUCUCUGAUCCCAAACUUCUCAACACCGCAAUCACACGCGCAAAGUCUUUUGUCGGUGUUGUUGGUGACCCCUUAUCACUCUGUUCGGUUGGUAGCUGCAGCAAGAUAUGGCUUGAAUACAUCGAAGAUUGCAGCAAGUACAGGAGCCUCUUUGGAGCAACUGUUGAAGAAAUCAAACAAUGGUUAGAUAUGCUAGAAAUGCAGGCACCAUCUCUAUCGGUGUCUAGUGUCUUGCGUCCAGAGGCUCCGACUUUUCAACCACGAGGCGUUCAGCAACCGAAUCCAGAGGUACAGAAGCCACAAAAGAAACCAAAACAAGGAAGCGGGGAUCAGGUGAAGCUGUCGCCAUCAGCUGGAGAGGGAAAAUCUACACUGCGUUCCCCGUUUAAAGAACAGAAGCCAACAUUAUCAAUAAGCAAGUCCACGGAAAGUUUUCCAAAGUCCUUGCUGAUGCCUCAUCCAGUGGCUAGUCAGAUUUCUUCGCAACGCCAGCCUGAAGACGCUUCAAGACAAGGAGUGGGGAGCUUGGUGAGGGAGACAAGUGAAAAACCGAAAACAGAUCUCAUCUCCUCUGCAAUCCAGAGACAAAUCAGCCAGGCAGAAUCCACCGUCAAAGAGGGUUUGGGUAGCUCUUCCGACAGUGAUGAUGCAAUAGACAUCCAAACACAAGGAGGGCAGGCUCAUGAUGUCAUCAAGCGAAACACAGCCCCAUACCUUGCAGAUGAUACAACACAGCACGAUAGCGGGAAAGGGAAAUGUGUUGGAAAACAUGCCGAAGUUGACCUUUUCCAGACACCCUCUCAGGCGUCAAACAUGGACCGGAGGCCUUGCCCCAGACUAGGCUCCCCUGAUUUCUCCAGAACAACUCCCACACCGACAUUGCAUCAUGCAAAGACCGAACAGUUGAAGCAAGCAGAAGCUACAAGGCGAUCCACGAAGAACAUCUUUACUGAUAAAAAGGACAAGAUUGUGAAAGAGUUACAGAAACAGGUCAAGAGGUCUGAAGAUCCAAACUACGCGGAGGACAAAGAGUACGAAGAGGAUUACCCCAAGCCACGUGAAGCAAUAGGCGUUGAUGAACCGAAGAGGCCUUACAUGUCAGACAGUAAAGGUAGUCAGGACGACCAAACCACUGGACAGAAAGGCAGAAUGAAAACCACGACAGUGUACAGAACUGGUUCAAGCCUUGCUUCUACUUCAGAACGUACAGCGCUGUCAAUAGAGGGGUACAGAACAAGGUGCACCUACGCGGACAUUGAUGAAGAAGCUGAAAGGCUAAAAGGAGGGAAGCUCUACUACCAAAAGCAUUUUGACGAGACCACGCUUUACGGUCUUCUGUUAAAGCACCCAGACAAAUAUGUAAAAUGCAGGGUCCGGAUGUCAAAAGCAUUGUCCGGCCAAGGGCAUGGCGUGGUGGAAGAUCCUGCAAUAGAAGACAUUCAGCUAUGCAGUCUUCAAAGACUCAACCGUGCAUUUGAUGGAGAUGAGGUUGUAGUGGAAUUGGACACAGCGGAACACAACGAAGGGGUCAAUGAAGAUACUGAACAAACAAGGAGAGACGGGAGCGUCAUUGGAAUACUGCGUCAUGCCGUUCCACAUGAGGAUCUACAGUUUGUUUGCUAUGUCGAUGAUAAUGAUCCCAACGUCCUCAUCCCUGUACAGAAAAGCGCUCCUAAAUUUCGAAACUUGGUCCCAAAGAACAUGGAAGAUCCUAAUGAUUCUAUACAACUCUAUAGUAUUAAGGAGGACGGAACACUGAAGCCCAGACGUGUUCCAUAUCGCCUUCUGGCCAAUCGAAAAAGCCUCCUUGUCACGCGUUUUCUGAAAUGGGAGCCGCACUUCAAGUAUCCGCUUGGAGCUGCGACUAGAAUGAUCGAACCAGGUGACAACGAGGUUCACGGGGUGAAUGCUCUGAUGGCCGACCACAUGAUACAAGAUGCCUUCCCCCAGCAGGUACUUGAGCAUGUUGAACAGAUGGUUCCAAAUGACCUUGCUGCAAACGACAGCUAUCCUGUCCGCAAAGACCUGACAAAUCGUGUAGCAGUAACUAUUGACCCUCUGGGAGCACGUGACCUUGAUGACGCACUUAGUGUGCGGCAACUCGAGAAUGGGGAGUAUGAGGUCUGCAUUCACAUUGCAGAUGUGUCAAAUUUUAUAAAGAAGGGCGAUCCUGUUGACAGCGAAGCUCUGGCAAGAGGCACAUCAUACUACCCGCACACCGCUGAGAAAGAGAUGGUGCCCAUGCUGCCGCCACAGCUAUGUACCGACCUGCUGAGUUUGCUACCGGAGGGAGAGAAAUACGCCAUCACUGUUUGUGUGCAAAUUGACGACAGAAGUGGAAACAUAAGCAAGCCACACUUUUGCAAGAGCAAGAUCCGCUCUAGGGCAAAACUGACGUAUCAACAAGCUCAGAGUAUUCUCAAUGGAGGUACAGGCGAUGGUAUUGACCGAGAUGUUGAACUCAGUAUCCAACGACUUGGGCGGUUAUCGAAGAUGCUGCGCACCGAAAGGCUUCGUGAACUCGCGUUCCUGCACAGUGACGUAGAUGAGGACGUGGCUUGCUCUGAUGCACAUUAUCUGGUGGAGGAGUUCAUGAUAAUGGCCAACAGGUUUGUAGCAGAGCACGUCAUGGGGCAUUUCCCUCAUUGUACCUUGCUACGCCGACAGCUUCCACCCAAGGAUCACAGGAUGAUAGAUUGGGCAGAAACCCACAGGGAAGCAGUGGGCAGGUCCCUUCUGUUGUCAGGAGAAAGAGACAAGUACAACGGGCUAAACUCCAUCACUAACAUUGAACAACAGCAGUUCCAAGACAUGAGGGUCAUCAUCAUCCGAGAGAUCAUCUGGACUAAAAUCCGCCAAGCCGCGGAAGAUGGCGACAUCCAGAAGCUGCAGCUACUGGUCCUUUUUGACGACAAUCAUCCACAGCUAGCCUAUGCCAAAGGCCAGUACCGCCGUAUUCAGGACCGUGCCAUGUAUGUCAGCUCUGGACAAUACUGGGAUAAUCCAGACAUGUACAGACACUUCUCACUCAACCUGCAGGCCUACACACACUUUACAUCGCCCAUCCGGAGGUAUGCUGACAUCGUGGUACACAGGCUUCUGGUUGCCGCCAUGACGGGGAGCACGUGUCCAUAUGAGCAGGACGAAAUGGAAGAUCUGUGCUUCCACCUCACUCAGAAAGCCUGGAAUUCAAAGGCGUUUGACAAGAGAGUAUCAUUGAUUGCGAUGGCCUUCAAGAUUCAGAGAAAGCCAAUUGUACAACAGCCGUUUGUUGAAUCCAUUGACGGGAAGAGAAUCCAUCUCAACUUCCCAGACUGUCCUGAAAUUCCAGCUUCCAACAGAAUCAUCAGAAUGGCACACCUGAAACCUGAUCAGCAGCCAACCUGGAUUGAUGAAGGAACAGUCACGUUUGUCUGGAGACCACGAAUAUACGAAUUUUCUAAGUUCAAUCAAGAGGACCAGAGUUCCAACCGGAGCUCCUUACUCGAUGACAGUGCUGUGCAGACUUGCACAUACACAAAGAGGAUAUCAUCCUCUACAUGGAAUGCAAUGGUUCAGGCGAUCAGAGAGGAAGACGGAGAAACCUUGAAGCGGGUUGUGGACAAUGCGAAUCAAAAUGAAGUCCAGAAUGACAGGGAACAGCGGCGUCUGUUGGAGAUGAGCAGAGAAGAUACCAGGCGCACAGCUACAGGGCGUCUCCAGGGACAGAGGACCCAAGAUGUAGCAGAGGACCACGAAGAUAAACUCCUCGUUGAAGACAAAGGCAACACAACUGCAGCCUCAGACCAAACCGGCGGCGAGGAGAGCACAGUCGGUGAUUUACGAAGAUACCACAGAACAAUUGAGGUGACGUACUCACCGUAUGACGUCAUACAGGUGCAGCUGGCAACAGACAUGUACCGUGGACUUCUGACACCAACCAUUCAACUGUUGAAGUUGACACCAGCUGUAGACAUAUGCCUGGAGCAUCGCCGCGACCCGGUUAGAGCGUUCGCCACUCAUACUGGAGAAAUGGCCUCGCGAGAGAGGUAUGACUCUUUGAAGCAGUAUGAACGACUGUGGCGCCCAGUCGUGGAGAUGGAGGCAGCAUACAGUAGUGACAGUGGCAAUGGAGGAGUCACUAUCAGGGGAAUCAAGAUUCAUUGGAAAAAGAAGCGAGACCAGAUUCGAGGCACGUUCGUGGUUCCCGGACAGUUUGCGCGAAGCUGCUGCUUCCUCAUCAGGUCAGGUGACCAGCUAUGCGUCAGAUAUGCAAAUCUAGACAGCACCAGUGACGUCAUGAGUAGGAGGGACAGCGAGGAUUCGUCGACAGAGGAGAAUGAAGACAGUUCCUCCGAGGACAGCUUUGAGUCAACAUACUCGGACGUUACAGAGGAAGAUACACUCACCGACAAAAGCGAGGAGGGACCGACAUGGGUCGCACAUUGCAUCGUGCACGAAGUCACACCACGUCCUUUCCGUUUGAAGGAGCGGGUAGACAAGUACAGGAUUACCAUACGGCUUCAUCACCACAGCGCUGACGUACCAAAUUGCCUUCUGGAGCCGGCAUUUGGCGCUAGACGUUCUUGCACUGUGGAGCUUAUUCCUGUUCCACGUCCAAUAAGGCGAAUGAUGGGUGCAGUGGAAUGCCUUUUGGAUAAAAACCAAAAAUGUGCCAUUCUACAAGAAAUCUGCCUCAACCAACAUCCUGAACGUCUUCAGAUAACAGACCGUGAGUUAGAGUCAAGAUCCAGAGACCAUGACCUGGGCACCUUGCAACAAGGAAUGCGGCUGAAUGGCUACCAGAAGACAGCAGUGCAGAGAGCUCUGUGCUGUCCGUUCUACAUCAUACAAGGGCCUCCAGGCACAGGAAAGACCAUCACAGGCGCACACCUGGCUUAUAAGUUUGCCAAAAGGAAUCGAAACGCUCGAAGCGGACAUGUUGUCAUGUACUGUGGACCUUCCAACAAAUCCGUUGACGUGGUUGGAGGGUUACUGAUGGGAUGCGGGUUAAAAAUCCUGCGUGUCUACAGCAAGAUGAUUGAGGAUACGGACUACCCAGUCCCAAACUACCCAACAUGGUCAUCUCACACCACCAAAUCUAACGACAAUCUCCGGAACAUCAUCCUGCAUCACGCCAUCCGACAGCUCGGAACUCCGUACGGACAACAACUCCGUGAGAUGGAGGAAGGAUUCCGGAGGAAACAACUGCAAAACGAGCCCAUAACAGAUGGGGAGGUUGAAACCUAUCUAGACGUUAUCGAAAAGGCGUCCGAUGCAAUUAUCAAGGGAGUGGACAUCCUUUUGUGUACUUGCAACAUGGCUGCCGACAAGAAGCUGGCUUCUGUCCCUGUUAAGCAGUGCAUCAUUGACGAGGCUGGGAUGUGCAUGGAACCGGAGUCACUCAUUCCCAUUACCAACUUUGCUCUGGAGCAGGUUGUCCUGAUCGGUGAUCACAAGCAGCUGCAGCCCGUAGUCGGCCAGCCUGACGCCCGGGACCUCGGACUGGGUGUGUCUCUGUUCCAACGGCAUGCCGAGAAAGCCUUCAUGUUACAAAUUCAGUACAGAAUGCAUGAGAAGGUAUGUGAGUUUCCCUCACAUAAGUUCUAUGACAACAAGCUGGAGACAGCAGCCUCUGUUAAGGCACGUCGUGCUGACAUGGUGCCUGCCAGCUUCUGGCCCUCUAAAGGCAAUCCAGUUGUUUUCUGCCAUGUGGAGGGUGUGGAGGAGGCCCUGCCUGUAGCAUCAGCAGAGGGAGGGGUUAUGUCACAGAGCAACCAGCAGGAACUCAAGAAAGUGGUUCAAGUUGUCAGUGACCUUGUACUUCGCCAUCAAGUCAAGACUGCUGACAUCGCAGUGCUGUCCCCGUACCGAGCCCAGGUGCACCAGAUCACCGAGUGUCUGAGGGAGAGGAGACUAGACUCGGUUUCUGUUAGAACAGUUGUAGAAAGUCAAGGAAGUGAGUGGGACUACAUCAUCCUAUCGACAGUCCGCUCCCUUCCCCAAGCGGAGAUCCCGGCCCAACCCUCGCGACGAUGGAUGAAGGACCAGCUGGGCUUUCUGACCGAUGACCACCAGAUCAACGUGGGACUGACCAGGGCCAGGAGGGGCUUCAUUAUCGUGGGUAACAAGAACCUUUUGUCAACGUACAACACUUGGAGUGACCUGGUGAACUUUUAUGAAGAGAGGGGCUAUGUGGUCAACUCUACACAGUUCCCCUGAGCAUGCUAUAGUGUUAAUAGAGAAAUGUGUACAUAUACCCUAGUGCUGCAUACCUAAAGUGAAAGUAACAAAAACUAACAUCAGGUACAUUUCCAGACCUGUACCUCUGGAUAUCUACUGCAUGCAUUUGAAAGGAUCUAAAAUCAAAGAUGGUGCUAAAUUCAACACCCAUAUUUUUAUCAUGUGGCAGGAAUACCACGUUUUAAUAACAAAAUAAGUAAAAAAAAUGUUAUACCGGGGACAGGUGGGGGUGUAAUUCUAUGUACUAAAGGAUUUUCACAUUAUACUGUACACUGGGUAUACCAGUAUGCAGCACUAAUAGUACACUUUGUAAAUAAACAGAUGGUUUUACAUGCUUUUAAAAAUUUUCAGAUUUGUUCAGAGUACACAAUAUACCUGAAUGAUGAAAAACUAGAAUAUGAUUGAAGAAUGCUGUUCUAUGCAAAUUAUGAAGCAAAAUUGGAUCAUCAGCAU